UAGUAACCGGAUAUCCUUAAUCUCAAUAAUAUGAGUUUAAAAAGAAUGGUGAUAUUUCUUCGAUAUGGAUACCUACUGUAAUUGGAUUUUGACUGAGGUGAGGUUGAGUUCCAACCACUAUCUUCCUCUUGUGCGACCUAUAUCCGUGCGACCUACAGAUUGGCCGAUUGCCUAGCCGUAAGCCGUACUCCGCCUCUCCGGCAGCCUACUCGCUGGCCCUCCGGCCUCCACCGUCCACCUCUCUUAUUGUUCUGUCCGACUUCCUUUGAUUUGAAUCUUGGGUCCGCCGCCACUGAAUCAUGACGACUCUUCUUGCGCAAGGGGCAUCGCUUUUCUCAGCACGGAUGAUCACUGUCCCACCUAAACCCAUCAAAGUCUCCUUGUUUUUACCGAAUCCAUCGAACCCAAGAACCCCAAAUUCGAGGAAUUUCAGUGCCAGAGUCACCCCAGGUGAAGAACCAUCCCCUUCCGCACACGAUAAAUUCCUGAAUAGGGACUAUAAAUGGGGUUUCAAUCAGGAGAUAGAUUCCUUCGCGCUGCCAAAAGGUCUAUCCGAGGAAACUGUUCGGUUUAUUUCUGCUAGGAAGAAUGAACCCGAUUGGAUGCUCGAUUUCAGAUUGAAGUCAUAUGAAAAAUUCAUGAACAUGAAAGAACCCAAAUGGUCUGCUAACAGGUACCCAGCGAUUGAUUUUCAGGAUUUAUGUUAUUACUCCGAGCCUAAAAAGAAACCAACCAUUAAUAGCUUAGAUGAGGCAGACCCAGACCUGAUUAGGUACUUUGAUAAGCUCGGCGUGCCUUUAAACGAAAGAAAUCGAUUGGCCAAUGUUGCAGUUGAUGCUGUUCUUGACAGUGUUUCGAUCGCAACUACUCAUAGAGAGACCCUAGCGAAAUCUGGAGUCAUUUUCUGCUCUAUAUCUGAGGCCAUCAGGGAAUACCCAGACUUGGUUAGGAAAUACUUAGGGCGAGUCGUCCCCCCUGAUGAUAACUUUUAUUCUGCAUUGAAUUCGGCUGUGUUUAGUGACGGGUCGUUUGUGUACAUUCCUAAGAAUACGAGGUGCCCUAUGCAAAUCUCAACGUAUUUUAGGAUAAAUGCCAUGGAAACCGGCCAGUUUGAGAGGACUCUGAUAAUUGCUGAAGAUUCCAGUUUUGUGGAGUACUUAGAAGGGUGUACAGCUCCACAGUAUGAUACUAAACAGUUACAUGCUGCUGUUGUGGAGUUGUACUGCCAUGAAAAUGCUGAGAUUAAGUACUCCACCGUGCAGAACUGGUACGCCGGGGACGAAAUGGGAAGGGGAGGAAUAUAUAACUUUGUUACAAAGAGGGGACUUUGUGCUGGCAAUAGGGCAAAGAUAUCGUGGACGCAAGUGGAGACGGGGUCCGCUAUCACGUGGAAGUACCCGAGUGUUGUUCUUGAGGGAGACGAAUCUAUUGGGGAGUUUUAUUCAGUCGCGCUCACGAAUCACCACCAGCAAGCUGAUACAGGAACCAAGAUGAUACAUAAGGGGAAGAACACGAGGAGUCGGAUCAUUUCCAAGGGUAUUUCUGCAGGGCAAUCUAGUAAUUCUUACAGGGGGCUUGUUCAAGUUAUGUCGAAUGCUGAUAAUGCAAAAAACUCGUCGCAGUGUGACUCUAUGCUUAUUGGGGACAAUGCUGCAGCCAACACUUACCCAUAUAUUCAGGCGAAAAAUCCCACUGCUCGGAUUGAGCACGAGGCCACAACAUCAAAAAUUGGGGAAGAUCAGCUGUUCUACUUCCAGCAGAGGGGAAUCGACUAUGAAAGGGCCAUGGUGGCCAUGAUUUCUGGGUUUUGCAGGGAUGUUUUCAAUGAGCUUCCCGAUGAAUUUGGUUCCGAAGUUAAAGAAUUGAUGAGCUUGAAACUUGAAUCUUCAGUUGGUUAGGCUCACGGAUGUGGCUCUGGAAGUUUGGGACAAUUGAUUCAGGUUUUCUUAUGGGAGUUUGUGAACUUGGCUUUAAUUUAUGGAGUAUUUGUUUUUGAGCCAUUGAAGGGUGGGUGACAAAAUCCACUCAUUUUGCUAUCUUCUUAUGAUAUCUGAGACAUUGUGUGGCUCUCUUUUGGAUGCAUGGUUGAAGAUGCUCUUAUAGUGUUAGUAUAGCAAGCACGGUUGAAAACGCUCUUAUAGUGUUAAUAUUUUUUCCUUAUAUAUCCAAUAAGAUGUGGUACUUUGAGUUGAACUUAUACUCUAAUUGUUUAUUACUUCCUCCGUUCCAUAAAACUUUUCGAAGACGAAAAAAGGCACUAUCUAAAA